GAAGGAAAAAGAGGGAAACAAUUAGGAAUACACCAUUUGUACGAUAAUUCCUUGCAAAAAUUUCUCCACAUUCUCUGCAAAUCUUCGGAAACCCCAGAUUUUCUUCUUGAAAUUCGGUAAUUUUCCAAUUCUUGCAGCGAUUUGAGAGGAUACAGACCUUUCCCCCGUUCAUAGGAGAGAUGAAGACGGGUUCAAAGUCGGAAGGACCUUCCGCUCCAGCGCCUCGACGGGACCCCUAUGAGGUUCUAAGCGUGUCCAGGGAUUCCACUGAUCAGGACAUCAAGACUGCUUAUAGGAAGCUUGCUCUCAAAUAUCAUCCAGACAAGAAUGGAAGUAACCCUGAAGCUUCAGAACUUUUUAAGGAGGUCGCAUAUUCUUAUAGCAUCCUAUCUGAUCCAGAGAAGAGAAGGCAAUAUGACAGUGCUGGCUUUGAGGCCCUUGAUGCUAGUGGCAUGGAUAUGGAAAUAGACUUGUCCAAUCUUGGAACUGUCAAUACCAUGUUUGCAGCUUUGUUCAGUAAGCUGGGUGUUCCUAUUAAGACUACAGUUUCUGCUAAUGUUCUUGAAGAAGCUCUGAAUGGAACUGUUACAGUCAGGCCUCUUCCUAUUGGAACAUCAGUUAGUGGCAAGGUGGAUAAGCAAUGCGCUCACUUUUUUGGUGUGACAAUUAACGAAGAGCAAGCUCAGGCAGGAAUUGCUAUAAGGGUUACUUCAACUUCACAAAGUAAAUUCAAGCUGCUCUUUUUUGAACAUGAUGUCAGUGGCGGUUAUAGUUUGGCCAUACAGGAAGAUAGUGAGAAGACUGGGAAAGUAACGUCUGCUGGGUUGUACUUUUUGCAUUUUCAAGUGUACAGGAUGGAUUCCACUGUCAAUGCGUUGGCAAUGGCUAAGGACCCUGAGGCUGCUUUCUUCAAGAGUUUGGAAGGUCUUCAGCCUUGUGAGGUCUCAGAGCUAAAGGCUGGCACCCAUAUUUUUGCUGUUUAUGGAGAUAACUUUUUCAAGACUGCUGCAUAUACUAUUGAGGCACUAUGUACAAAAGAUUAUGCAGAGACAACAGAAAAACUGAAAGAUGUCGAAGCUCAAAUUUUGAGAAAGAGAAAUGAGCUACGGCAAUUCGAGACAGAAUACCGGAAGGCAUUAGCACGCUUCCAAGAAGUGACAAAAAGAUACAAUGAGGAAAAACAGUCUGUGGACGAGCUUCUUAAACAACGAGAUGGCAUACACGCGUCAUUCACCAUCACAAAAGCACCAAAUCCUAUCGGAGCUGGUGUUACGAGUAAUGGAAGUAGUAGUAAAUCUACUGGCGACAGUUCGAAGGUUGAGAAUCAAGGAGACGAUGGGACCUCAGACGAAAAAGAAAGAUCUUUCAAAAAGAGAUGGUUCAAUAUUCCUCGAGGUUCAGACAAAAAGUUGGGUUGAUAGAAUCGUUGCAUUACGUGUGCCAAGGUUUAUUUCGUCUUCCCAAUGAGCAACAAAAAUAAAGUUUCAACCAUAUUUUGUGUUCUAGAAUUCAAUGGUCAGAUUGGUGCAUCCAUGCUUGUAAUACAUGAGUCUCUGUUUUGGUGUAUGCUUUCAGUUCGUGGGGCUCAACAAAAUUUGUCAUUCUUUCUCCCAUCAGAGUUGAGGUAAGCUAUCUCUGGUUCUCAAAGACAUAGCAAAAGUAUAUUAAAUUGUGUGUAAAUAACUCCAAUACAAUACCUUCAUAUAUUAAAUUGGUUUUUGUCGGAUACAUUUUAA